AUGGAUUUGGAUAAGAAUGAGGUGAGCGAGGUGAGCAGCAAACAGUUAGAGAAGCUGUUGAAGAAUAUUGACGUAAAACCAAGGCUAUUGAAUCCAGUGAUAGGAAAUCAAAAUGGUAUCAAUUUCAAAUCAGAGAGCAAUUUGAAUAUGAAAAUGGUGGAAAACUUGACAAAAAAUAUUGUGGAGAUGCAAAGACAAAGAAUAAGCAGCGUUGGGCUGACUGAAACAUCAAAAGUGGUACAAAACAACUACAAUAAUAUAGAGAAGACCAGAAAUGAACUGGAAGAGCUGUUUGGGGGACUGUUUCCUAAUGCAGAGAAGACAGAUCGUAUGAUGAUGGUCUAUUCGUUGCUCAGUGUGCUAUACAGAAGCAAAGAGACGUCAUUUCUAGCAAAAUACCUGGAGGAAAUCAAAUAUCCGAAGUUCGAAGUCAAAGAAACCAAAAAAGAGGAGCAGCCUGUCAGGAAAAAGAUGUUCAAAGUCUUUGAUUUGAGCAAAUUGAAGAAGAAGUAA